AGCCGCUGAGCACCUUUGAGUUCUCGGGGAGUCCUGCCAGACCCCAGCCCGGCCCAGCCCGACCGCACCCGAACCCCGCGUUCUCCCUGCCACCGGCCAUGGGCGCUCGGUGCCGUAGCCUCCCGGUGCUGCUGCUGCUGCUGCUGCUGCAGGUCUCACCGUGGCUCUGCCAGGAGCCGGAGCCCUGUCGUGCAGGCUUUGGGGCCGAAAGCUACACGUUCCUGGUGCCUGAGCGGCACUUGGCGAGAGGCCACGUCCUGGGCCGAGUUAGUUUUGAAGGAUGCACUGGUCGGCCAAGGACAGUCUACUUUUCUGAUGACUCCCGAUUCAAAGUGGCCACAGAUGGUGUGGUCACAGUCAAGCGACCUCUAAACCUUCAUAAACUAGAGACCAGUUUUCUUGUCCACGCUUGGGACUCUAGCUACAAGAAGCUUUCUACCAAAGUCACACUGAAGUCUGUGGGGCAUCACCACCACCGUCACCACCACCAUGACUCUGUCUCUGGAUCCCAGCCAGAAGUGCUCAUGUUUCCCAGCUCCCACCAGAGUUCCAGAAGACAGAAGAGAGACUGGGUCAUCCCUCCCAUCAGCUGCCCAGAAAAUGAAAAGGGCCCAUUUCCUAAAGACCUGGUUCAGAUCAAAUCCAACAGGGACAAAGAAACCCAGGUUUACUACAGCAUCACUGGCCAAGGAGCUGACAAACCCCCUGUUGGUGUCUUUACUAUUGAAAGAGAAACAGGGUGGCUGAGGGUGACGGAACCUCUGGAUAGAGAAGCUAUUCCUAAGUAUAUCCUGUAUUCUCAUGCUGUGUCAUCUAAUGGGAACGCUGUGGAGGAGCCCAUGGAGAUUGUGAUCGCGGUGACAGAUCAGAAUGACAACAAGCCCGAGUUCAUCAAGAAGGUCUUUGAAGGGUCUGUCAUGGAAGGUGCUCUUCCAGGAACCUCUGUGAUGCAGGUCUCAGCCACUGAUGCAGAUGACGACGUAAACACCUACAAUGCUGCCAUCGCCUACACCAUCCUCAGCCAAGAUCCUGAGCUGCCUCACAAAAAUAUGUUCACUGUCAAUAGGGACACAGGGGUCAUCAGUGUGGUCACCUCCGGACUGGACCGAGAGAGUUAUCCCACGUAUACCCUGGUGGUUCAAGCUGCUGACCUUCAAGGCGAAGGCUUAAGCACUACAGCAAAAGCUGUAAUCACAGUUACUGACAUCAACGACAACGCUCCCAUCUUCAACCCAACCAUGUACCAGGGUCAGGUGCCUGAGAAUGAGGCUAAUGCCUACAUCACUACACUCAAAGUGACUGAUGAUGACACUCCCCACACUCCAGCAUGGGAGGCCGUGUACACCAUCAUAAAUGAUCCUGAACAACAAUUUAUUGUCACCACAGACCCUGCAACCAAUGAUGGCAUUCUGAAAACAACCAAGGGCUUGGAUUUUGAGGCCAAGCAACAGUAUAUUCUACACGUGACAGUGGGGAACGUGGCCCCCUUUGAGGGGGCUCUUGUCACAUCCACAGCCACUGUCACUGUGGACGUGAUGGACGUGAAUGAGGCACCCAUCUUUGUUCCUGCUGAAAAGAGAGUAGAAGUACCUGAGGACUUUUCCGUGGGCCUGGAGAUCACGUCCUACACAGCCCGGGAGCCAGACACCUUCAUGGAUCAGAAGAUCACGUAUCGGAUUUGGAGAGACACUGCCAACUGGCUGGAGAUUAAUCCAGAUACCGGUGCCAUUUUUACUCGGGCUGAGAUGGACAGAGAAGACUUUGAGCAUGUGAAGAACAGCACAUACACAGCCCUCAUCAUUGCCACAGACAAUGGCUCUCCGAUUGCCACAGGCACAGGAACCCUUCUCCUGGUUCUAUCUGAUGUGAAUGACAAUGCUCCCAUCCCAGAACCUCGAAAUGUACACUUCUGCCAGAGGAAUCCACAGCCUCAAGUCAUCAACAUUAUUGAUCCAGACCUGCCCCCCAACACCUCCCCCUUCACAGCCGAACUAACCCAUGGGGCCAGCGUCAACUGGACCAUAGAGUACAGUGACCCAGCCCAAGAGUCUCUCCUCUUGAAGCCAAGAAAGACCUUAGAGUUGGGUGACUACAAAAUCAACCUCAGGCUCAUGGAUAACCAGAACAAAGACCAGGUGACCACCUUGGACGUCAUUGUGUGCGACUGCGAAGGGGCCGUCAACAACUGUAUGAGGGCGAAUUAUGUGGAAGCGGGAUUACAAGUUCCUGCCAUCCUGGGGAUUCUUGGAGGAAUUCUGGCUUUGCUGAUCCUCAUCCUGCUACUCCUGCUGUUUCUGCGAAGGAGAGGCGUGGUCAAAGAGCCGCUACUGCCCCCAGAGGACGACACCCGGGACAACGUGUAUUACUAUGAUGAAGAAGGAGGUGGAGAAGAAGACCAGGACUUUGACUUGAGCCAGCUGCACAGGGGCCUGGACGCUCGACCUGAAGUGACUCGCAAUGACGUGGCUCCCACCCUCAUGAGUGUGCCCCAGUAUCGUCCCCGCCCUGCCAAUCCUGAUGAAAUUGGAAACUUUAUUGAUGAAAACCUGAAGGCAGCGGACAGCGACCCCACAGCGCCUCCUUAUGACUCGCUGCUGGUGUUUGACUAUGAGGGAAGUGGUUCUGAAGCUGCUAGCCUGAGCUCUCUGAACUCCUCAGAGUCAGACCGGGACCAGGACUACGACUACCUGAAUGAGUGGGGCAAUCGCUUCAAGAAGCUGGCUGACAUGUACGGCGGUGGGGAGGACGACUAGAGGACCAGAGGAAGGCAUCCCUGGUUGCAGCCAUGGGAAAUGCAGAAUAAUGUUGCCUGUGACUUUCAGCUCCUUUCCUCGGUUUCUAGGAGAAAGACCGACCCGGGAUGUGGUUCUGACAGCAGUCCCACUCCCGUCAGCCUACUGUGUGUCAGGAAGGUUCUCGUUUAUUCUUGAAAUCCCCACCCCCACCCCUCUGUGCUGGGAUUUGAACAUGGGGCUUUGUGCACACUAAUCAAGCACUCUGCCACUGAGCUGUCUCCAGGCCUGCCUCACCCUUUUUAUUUUUUGUUUUUGUUUUUUUUUCCUUUUCUGUGCCUGGGGAUGAAUCUGGGGCCUGCAAUGCCAGGCCAGCACUCUACCACUGAGCUACAGCCCCAAUAGCAUUUAUUAUUUCAGAGCAACAACCUCAGCCUCAGAAGAUUCAGGUAGCAGAUUUCUGUAAGGGGUUUUGUUUUGUGUUUAAAAAGGAGGGGAGCCUGUUUUGCUUCUGUUGGUUUAUGAACAGAAAGUUGUUCUGUUUUGUUUCGUUGAGCUGAGAAUUAAGGCAAAUGUCCUACCCCUGAGCCACAUCCCCAAGCCGCCGCCCCACCCUUUUUUUGUGUGUGUGCUUUCCCACCGUCAUUGUAUUGAUGUUCUGUGCUCUAAUACUCACUUGUAUUCCUGAAUUCUGUUGCUCUCCUAGAUGGGAGUUCUCUGAUGCAAAGACUUUUAGAGUUGCAUCUAGGGGAGAGGCAGGUGGUCUUGACAUUCUUUUCUAGCCUCCUGAGUACCCCCUUGUGCUGCAUUCCUUGUUCAGAGUCACUCUUUCUUAGGUGAAUGCUGUUGUGAGAUGUGUUGCUGUGGUUCCAUGCAGGGAGCCGUGCAUGACCAGAGAAUAAGGGAGUUUUCAGUUGCCGCUUGGUUUUGUGUUUCUUUAACACUAACACAAAAGAGUGAUGUACUCAGACUAGUGCCUGGAGUGCUACAGCCAAAGACAGGAAACUCAAGAGACAGGCUCAGGGAUAGUAGGAAGGCCUGUUACUGAGCCUGGCCAUUUAUUUAGCAAACUGAUACCGAGGGUGGCAGACGUGGCUUGGCCUCUCUCCCUGAAAAUUUCUGGAACAGUGGAGGAAUCUCAGCAUGUUUCCUGGCUGGAAUCCUUGUCUGCAAGUCCCAAAGCCUAGAGUCCCCAAGUGCCUGCUUUUGAUGAUGUCUACAGAAAACACUGGUUUAUCUGGACCCAAGUGUGCAUAGAAAACUGAGACUAUUAGAAAUUGCACAUUUCCUCAUAGAAGCAGGAAGUAAAUACUGUCCUAAUGGGAGGGUGAGUGGGUGGGGGGAGCUUUGAUUUGAGCCUUUUUUUUUUUCUUGUAAUUCAAAAUGCAAAUAACUGCUGGAAAGAAUUUUAUUGAAAUUACUGUCAACUAUUUUGGGAAGUUAAAAAAAAAUCGUGUCUGCAAUCAGUUGUGAGGAUUGUGCUGAUUUUUCUACAGUUUAAACUGUCUAACAUAGUUCAGUAUAGAGUGUCGUAGUUUGGAGCGUAUAUGUGUGUGGGUGCUGAUAAUUUUGUAUUUGGGGGGCAUGGAAAAGAAACACAAUUGUAACUGUUCUCAAAAGUGCAUUUUUAUAAAUUUUAUUAAAGAAUUUUGUUAAACCAUUG